UUCCGCCGUCACUUAAUAGAUAUAUUGGUCCCCCAUUUGCCGUUGUUCACUCCUCUCUUCCAAGUUCUCUCUCUCUGUGUAUAUUCAAAUCCAUACUAUCACUUUCGCAUCGGUACUUCUCUUUUCAUUGUCGCACAGACACAAAUCAGCACCAUACGAAGCUCGACACUACGUGAAUUAAGCAUGUCGGGCAGAAAGGAAACGGUUUUGGACCUUGCAAAGUUUGUAGACAAAGGCGUUCAAGUUAAGCUUACUGGUGGCAGACAAGUGACAGGGACUCUGAAAGGGUAUGAUCAGUUGCUUAACCUUGUCCUAGAUGAAGCUGUAGAGUUUUUAAGAGAUCCUGAUGAUCCCCUCAAAACUACCGAUCAGACCAGAAAUCUUGGCUUAAUUGUUUGUAGAGGAACUGCUGUCAUGCUUGUGUCCCCAACUGAUGGUACAGAUGAGAUCGCCAACCCCUUUAUACAGCCAGAUGGGUCUUAAGUGUGAAGUAUUUCUAUCUUAAAAUCUGUAUGCUAGCUGAUCAAUAGUCAUCGCUUAGCUACUGAGACAUUAAUGUGGAGAUUCUGAUUAACGUUUUGUCUAUUUUGUAAGCUUGGAGAUUCUGACCCAUUUCAUGUUCUUGUUCUGAUGAAGUUUAUUUCUCUGUGAUGUGUCGUCAGCUACACUUUGAGGACUUAAUAUUUAUCAUGGAUUACAAUUGCACAUAAAUUAGAAGCUAAUUCUAACUUGAUCA